GCAAACAUCAGCGAACUUCAGCUGGCUUGAUAUGAUGCAAAGUUCUGAAGAUGUUGUGGAACUUUCUAUUCUUCUAUGGCUCUAACAAAGGAUGAUGAUCACUUUUGCAAUGCAUUCUUCAUACGAACGUUCCACAUUCUGGCGACAAUGAAUCGCAUUUUCCAUGCUUAGGUGUAAUGAUCACGAGUUAAAAGAGAAAGUUCCAAGCAAUCAAAAUGGCUUCCAAUGAUUCGGAAGAAUCGGAACAACUGGUUGAAAAUGAGAUCGUGGAAACAUGGAAAAGGUCGGAUUAGUUCUCAAGAAACUUACAAACUUAAAUUUUCUGUGGGCAUUUUAGUAUGAAACCAGUUAAUUUUUUAUUUCUAGAAGUUAACCGGAUUCAGUCGAUAUAAAUAAUUGAUAGCGAUACAAUCGGUAUAUUUAAUCGAUGCCAAUAUUAUUAAUCGAUUAAUUGGAAAAUUUUGUUAGUUGUUUUGCUCUUGGAUCGGUUCUUAACAAAGCAACAACUCUUAAAGUGAUCUCACUGUCACCCACGGUAUGUGAUAUCAAUGACAAGUGAUAGCAUAGAUUGGGUCUUUCUGCAGGUACCCUCAUCCCAAAAGAAACAAAGGGACCAAACAAUAGAGUUCUUCUGGAGGCUUCAUUGUUUGGUCAAUUGUUUCUUUUGUUGUUUGUUAUCUGUGCCUAGGUGCCUAAAGAAGGAACAACUGAUUUACUUGUGAGUUGAUCAUCAAUUUGCCGGUGACAAUCCAAUUCUGUUAACAAACACCUAGUUAUUGACUGAAUCCCAAUCAUUGAUUUUCAUCUGUUGACCAGGCUGGGUGCAUAUUAUUCAGAAUUAUCAGUGGCAGGUCCUUACCGUAUUGUUAGGUGAAACUGAACAGGGUUCUCAAUAGAUUUUUAAGUAGGAGGUGAUCACUGAUAAAGUAGGUGGCCCUUCAGCAAAGCCAGAGGUGUCAAAACAAAGCAAAGAAAAGCGACCUACACACAAAGUAAGCGGCUAUAAAUCCCAAAGUAAGCAGCGAUCAAUCGCCGGGUGCCGCCUUCUAUUGAGAACCCUGACUGAAACCUGCAGGGCCAAGAAAAAACUCAAUAGUUUUGAGGCUGGCCUCCCUUUUAUCUUAGGGUUUUCAUGAGGUGGAUGAGUGGGCUCCUACUUGAAGAACUGAAUCCACCACUCUAUUUUCUAGGGAACAAAUUGAACUAAAGAAGAAACUUGUGACUGAAGACUGCAUUAACUGGGGAGUUUCAAGUGAUGAGCCUUUCAGUGAAUUGAAUCUGAUUGGUGGAGUGGAUAUUUCUUUUCCCAAGGGAGAUGCUGAUCAUGCUUGUGCAUGCUUAAUUGUGCUUAGUUUUCCUGACUUAAAGGUACAGUUGUGUAUUCUAGAAGUUCUUUCAUUACCUGAUUCUCUAUGAAUUUUUAUGAAUUUUUAAACAUGCCCAAGUAAAAGAGAGUCAACUUUUGGGCUGGAAAAUAUAGUGCAGUUCAGGCAGAGUUCGAUACCCUAGAUUACCUAGGGGCUGAUCCUACAAUGACAUGAGUGCCCACUGUUCCCAUAUCCCAGUGAGAUGCUCGGCAAGAUCCCAUACUGAAAGAAUCUUGCCUAUUCCCCUGUGCAUUGAUAAAAUAAUUUUAUCAAUUAUUGGUUUUGAAAUCUUACCAACCUUGAAUUUCCUUACCAAUUAUGGUUGUUGUUGGUGUUGCCCUUGGUAUUAAGCCAUAAUAUUUAGUUGGUGAAAUUGGUCCAUUUCUUAUCUUACUUAGGGAUUACCCUUUUAAUGUUGUAUAGCACUUUCGAAUCUUCCCUUUUCUAGUAACUUAAUCGUAUUCUUGUCCCUAUUGUUUCUGUUGUACUUCAUUUUGCAUUUAAUUAUGAGUCGGGCCAAAGUAAUAACCCUUAAACUGGUGGAGUAUUGUGCAGAGCAAUCAUGAAUUCUACGAUUUAAAUUAUUUUUCAGGCUAACACCAUCUGCAGUAUUUAGUUCAGUAAAGUAAAACGUCAUUGCAGAGGAUCUUGCGAAUAAAGAUGUUCAAAUAUUCUUUAAUAAUUCAGGUUGUAUAUGAGGAUCUAACCAUGGUGCACCUUUCAUCACCUUAUGUUCCAGAAUAUCUGGCUUUCAGAGAAGUUGAAUUCCUUGUUAAUUGUGUCUCCAGACUGCUAAAGAGUAAACCAGAACUGGUUCCUCAGGUCAUUUUAGUUGAUGGAAAUGGAAUGUUACAUCCAAGAGGUUUGAUUUCUCAUUACAUUAAAUGGAUCAUGUAUCUUUUGGGGGGCGUCGAUCAAUGUAUUGGUUGAUAUCUCGGUCAACUGUCGAUCAACAUAUUGGACGCUAUGUCGGUCGAGAGUCGACCGAGUCUCGGAAAAGAGUCCGUCGAUAUAUUGGCCGAGUGGCAUUGUCCUGUCGGCUGACGUAAAGGCCGAAACCUUGGUCGACGGUAAAGUCUUUAUACUAUUUAAUAUAAUUUCUUUAAAAAGUUAUCCCAAGUAAAGGUGUGCUUGUGUUGCAGUGGAAUACAGACACCAACUGCAAAUCUUGAUUUAAGAUAAAUGGACUUUACUGCAAAUGGGCUUUACAGCAAAGUUCUAGAUAAAGAACUCUUACACGAAACACAUGAAAAGAAGAACAACCCACUCCAAUUGCAAAAGUUUGACUAUCAUUUUCCACAAUCAAUACCUGAUUGUCUACAUAUCAUAGUAAAUAUAUAAAAAGGCCUAUUCAAUGUGAUUCAAGGAGUCACACAAGUCUUUAAAGUUCUUGUUCAUUUGACUCAAUAGAGUCAAACAAGUCUUAGUUUUCUCUGCUACACUUGUCCCAAAUCUGUGUAAGAGGAAAAACAAGAAAUCUAUGACUAAACUACAACCACUGUAUCAGAACCAUAGUUAAUGAGGCCUUGUUAGGGUUAAAAUUCCAGCAAGUGACACGACCCUGAAACAGCGACCUAUUAAAGAUUGGAUGAAAAGGCAACAUACAACUUAAAGAUGGGUUAAAUACUGUGUACCGUAUUUGAAAUUCAGACUAUUGGUAUACACCCCCCCCCCCCCUCCACCCUAAGAGGACCUCGUUAAUAGGACAACCUUAUUGAAUUCUCUUUUCAGUUCUUCAGAGGGCUUCGGUUGUACUGCAAAUUAGGAAGUUCCUUGCCACAGUGAGCUUGUCACAAGGAGUUCAUCCCAGUACUUUCAAUUAAAGCUAGUCAUUUAAGGCCCAUCUCUGCCUGGGGAACUUCAUAAUUCUCCGUUACAUUUUAUUUAGAAGGUUAAUGUUAUAACAACAAACUUUCCUGGUCACAGCCACCUAAUCCACUAUCAGUAGCCAGUUAUUGAAAAAAUUAUUAAAACUCCUGCAGUCCAUGAGUAAAUUAUGUUGAAAGAGUGGUUUCAACUCCAUUAGUUUCCUACUGGCACAUUGUUGGUAGCAUGAUUUACUUGUUCACGUUGCUUAUGACUAGGUUUUGGAAUUGCUUGUCACCUGGGGGUACUGACAGGCAUCCCCACAGUAGGUGUGGCUAAGACUCUUUUCCAUGUUGAUGGGAUUCAGCGAGACUCCCAACAUGCUGAUCAGGUCAGGACUUAAAGUGAAUAUGUUACAGGUCAAAAUUAAAUCUGGGUUCAACUUUUUUAAAGGUUGAUUCUCAAUUUCCUUUGUCUCCUAGCCCUAAUUCAUCCACAAGAUCUUGGCUAUGGGACACAACUCUUUUUGCACUCUGCCAUUUGAUGCUGGAACUUUUCAUAAAGCAAAACCAUUUUCAGCUAGUCAAGCAGUUUUCUGGUCACUGUCUGCCUAAUAUUAUUAUAAAGAGAUGGUUUAAAGAAGUCUGUGGUUUAUUGAACAAUUUUCUCUAGGGUGACCAGUUAAUGCUGAAAUUUGAUUUUUGUCAUGUUGUCAAUAAAUUGAAAACAAUCAUGGGUUUGCUUCCUCUAUCAACAGGUCAAAAACCUUCUCAAAACUAGUGGAGAUAGCUUUCCUCUUCAAGGCUCCUCUGGUACAAUAUGGGGCAAGGUAAAUUUUUUUAGCUUCAUUUUGCAAUAAUAUGGAAGAAGUGUGUGUAAAUAUAAGGCCAUAAGUUAUUCCUUUUUUUCCUUUAUAAAACUACAAGGUUAACUGUGGGGUAAUUCAGCUUAUUUUGAUUUCAUUUUAGGCUCUAAGAAGUACUGACAGAUCAUGUAACCCUAUCUAUGUGUCAGUUGGGCAUAAGAUAGGCCUGGAAACAGCUGUUAGACUGACACAUGCGUGCUGUCAAUACAGAAUUCCAGAACCAAUUAGACAAGUAAGAAUGGUAUAAUUGAAAAUACAGGAACCAAAUGUCAUACCUUUUACAUAUUUAGAAAGAUGUAAUGUUCAUGGGUAUGGGAUAAAGAUUUUCUCGCCAGAUCGUCAGCUUCAGGACCUUGUAUCAGAGAUAAAAUCCUACUUCAUUUCAACAGCUAUUCCACACUGUUCAUCCUUUGCUUGACUGGUCAUACAUAUUUCACGGCCUAAAUCAUUACUAACAAUAUAUUUAUGAAUGGAGAAACAAAUCAUAGCAUGUAAGUAGGCAUUUGAGGGGAGAAAAAUUAUGUCAGUUCAUUAGCUGGCAAAAAGUGAGGAAAAUAAUAAUAAUAAUUUAUUAUUUAUAGUAUGUGAAGACAAAAAUUUAUUCUCUCCAUUUUUAUAUUUUUACACUAAUAUAUUGCUGCACAAACUUGCUAAGAGCUAUGCAGAAUACACAAACUAUCCAUUGGUGAGAAGGAUAAGAAAAUUUUGUCUAACAUAAUCAUUUUUUGUCUUUCAGGCAGAUAUCAGGUCACGAGAGUACCUCAGACAGCAUUACAUGGAAGAAUUAAAAAGCUGUUCAUGUAAAAAAGACACUACUAUUAACAAUGAAAUCUUAACAGUGGAAAAAGAUCAGCAGGGAAAUGGUGAAAGUCAUCUAGAAGAGCUGCAGCAAUCAGUUGAUGACAUAAACCUUGAAUAAAAAAACUAAUUUUUUUAUAAAUACAUCAAUACUGGAAAUAUGCUGGCAUUUUCAGUACAUUUUAAGAUAAAAAGUGAAUAUGUAU